ACUUUCUUGUUUUGUACUUUUUUUUUAAAGUACCACGAAGUUCCUCCGGCCUUUAGGGGGCGCUCUGACUUUAAAUGCUCAUCGAUCCCGCCUCGACGUAAACUGUGACGUUUCAUCACGCUGCAAAUAGUCCCGCGAAAAAUCCCUCGGUAUUCGACCGUCGACACCAAAACAAGAACAAGAACCAGAACCAGGAUCAGACCCAGGAUCAGACCCGUUUGAAGACGUCAUGGUUCAGGAGUUUCAUGUCGUUCGAUGUUUCACUUGUGAAAAGUUCCAGGUUCAACAGGUGAGAGGGUCACUCUCUGCCCUGCUCCGUGUCUGUCAGGUGAGAGGGUCACUCUCUGCCCUGCUCCGUGUCUGUCAGGUGAGAGGGUCACUCUCUGCCCUGCUCCGUGUCUGUCAGGUGAGAGGGUCACUCUCUGCCCUGCUCCGUGUCUGUCAGGUGAAGAAGGCGACCAGGUGGAGCUGUAAAGUUUGUGGAGAGAAACAGUCCCUGCUCAAGGAGUUUGGGCGGGGCUCCGGGGCGGACUGCAGACGUCAUGUUCAGAAACUGAACGCCAUGAUAGGAGCCGUGGUGGAGGAGCAGGAGGAGUCACCAUGGGAACCUGAGGAGGAGAAAAACGACCAGGUGACAGUGACACAGACUCAGGUGAGUCGCUGGAGCAAAUACAUGGAAACACCUGAGGAAGCGGAGCUAGAGGAGGAACAGCAGCUGCAUGGCAACAACAUGACUGACAGAGAAGAGAUUCACCCGAGCAGGUACGAUGAUGACAUCACCAACAGUUCUGCAGGAACCCUGAGAAACCAUCAGCCAGAACCAGCAGUCCCCCCGAGUCCAGUCGGGCCCGUUCCAGGUCACCAAAUGAGAACAAAGGGAGCUGCGGCCAUUUUUCGAGGUGGACUUGUUUCCUCGGGUGUGACUCUCAGGUGCAGGAGUCACGUGACCCAGUUGUCAAUGGGGGGUGUCAACAAGUGGGUGGGGACACAUCUCUGUCCUGUGGUGACAUCAUCACCAGCUCCCGCCCACUACUUCCUGUUUCCUCCCUGUUUGAGACUGAAGACGAUUUCAGCUUUGACGAGUUUUAAUUAGAAAAAUUAAACUUGACAACGAUUUAACGGUGUUAAAUCUACUAACAUUCGUCUGUUUCUUUGUUGUUGUUCUCUUUAAUGAAUGAAAAAACCUGAAUAGUUUCAGGUUGAUGUCAGCGAUAAGAUAUAUUUCUGUUUGAUCAAUAAAAAUAUUGUAUUAAAAAAAUUAUUAAAAUCA